GAAGAAAUAGUCCGUGUGUAGCAGCUAUGUCGGCUAGCUAGGCAGUUUGUUUCUAUUUAAACUCAUAAAAACAUAUUUAUUUAACGACGCGAGAGAUGAGAGGGCUCAUGUGGCGGCGGUGGAUCUCGCUUUGAGGCGACACCAUGCUCCUGCAACCAGCCGAAGACCGACGUGUUUGACCAACAAGUAGCCGGUCCGGUCUCCUGUCGUCAUGGGAACAACAACGAGCGAGCCGUGCAUCUACGACAAACUGUCGGAGAGCAUCGACAUCCUUCGCCAGUCAGGCUACCGCUACGGCAUGUCUGAGAGGGAGAUCGAGAGGUUCAUCAAGCAGGUCCUGGAAACCAACGAGCCCAGGAGGGAGCCCCCACAGUUCCCCAUCCUGAGAGCCACCAUCAAGUUUGUGGUAGCCGUGGGAUUCCUGCUGGUGGUGGUGCUGGCCUUCACCUACCCUCAAAAUGCCCCCCAGCUGGGACUGGUCAACCUGGGCUCUUACAACUGGUCGUCCCCUCUCAGCCACGUCCGUCUGCUCUCGCUGCCCAUCGCCAAGAAGUACAACCUGCAGGGUUUCCAUGAGUGGUGGAGCGCCGGCUCUCUCAGGCAGAGUUUGGUGAACUGUUCAGGCUGUGCAGAAAUCUCCUCAGUUCUGGAGGUCCCAGAAAGCCUCAGAGGGACCGUGACUCUGCGCCGGGGGCCACAGCUCGUCCUGCUCAAGGGCGGCGAGUCCCUCAGCAUCCAGCGGCAGCAGCUGGAGGAGCUCUACCUGGCUCACUCCGGUUCCAUGUCCAUCCUACUGGAGGACGACGACGGACUGCACAGUAACAACCAGGGCCUGCCUCAGGGACCCGCCAACUUCACCCUGCUCUGGAGGUUCAGCUCUGGGACCAGGGAGAAAGUGUUAAGGUGGCUCUUCCCGAAGGCUGAACUCUGCCCCCUGCUGGACAGUGCUGGGACCAUCCUGCAGCGCUGCCUCGUCACUCACAGCACAAACUCCCAGAGCAAGGGUGUCGGGGUCCUGGGCUGGUUGGUGGUGGGCGAGGGGCUACCAACGGUUCGAGUGCUGCCGGUUCAACGCUGCCAGAAACACUGCAGCUCCUUCAACCUGUGGCUCUCACCAGGAGACAUGGUGUAUGCGGACCCUCGGUACUGGCAGAUGGAGCUGUUCCCAGGCCGAGGCCAGAACAUCAUCUGCGACGGAUCGGCCUUUUAACCCUCCGGCCGAACGAAACGUAUAGUUCAGAGCUGGAGGGCAGGGGUGACGCAGACACGGGCUCUGAUGGAAGGCUUUCGGAGCUCCACUGCCUUCCUGUGGCUCCGCCCACUGAUGCCUUAUAAUGACGCCCUCCGAUGUUUCUUGCCCGGUUCCGCCUCCCGUCUCCCUCAGAGAACUGAACACGUCUGCAAACACGACAGCGGGUGGAGAUCAGCGCCUGACUCCCCGCAGCUGUCCUGGAUGCGUCCGUGCCAUAGCUUUAUGAAGACCUCCAGCAAUUGAACCAGUUUUCCCCUCCUAGAUGGUUGCUGCAAUGAUCCCAGACCUUCACACAUGUGCAACGUGUUCAGUGGCUUAAACACUGGCCUGCUGCUGUGCUCACCGAUGCCUUUUCCCUGGUCAGAGGGGAAAAACUAACAAGACCGGGCACAAUAUUUGGGUCGUUUUGUGCCAAAGCCAGAAAAUGUCUCCAAAUGAGACAGUUUGAAGCAAAUCCAUUAUAAGAAUCCUCAAGUGAUUUACAGUACUGUGCAAAAGUUUUCAGAAAAGAGCGUCCUCCAAAUAUGAAGGCCUGAUUUGAGUUUUAUCUGGGACAGUUCCGUGCAAUGAAGAGAAGAACGAUGCAUUAGUCAUGGUGAUAAUCACCCUUUUCUUUCUGGUUGUUAAAACUUUUGUACAUUACUGUACUUUAGUCACGUUUAAUGCUGAAUUAGUGCUGCUGAUCACAAUGCCUCAAAUCUCCCAGUCGGCUGAAAGUUUGACAUUCAGAAGCAGCAUUGCAACAAUGAUGCUUGACAUGUCUCUGCUCCAGCACAGCUGAAUGUGACCUCUUCGAGCUCUGCAGGACAACAAGUGUGUUGGCGCAACGCAACAACUCAAAACCACCGAUGCAGGCAGCGAUUUUUCUUGUAUCUGUGGGACAGGGAGGGGCCUCUUUGGAGCGUGAACAGACACCAGCUCCUCGUUUUUGUUCGUCUUAAAUCAGAAUCUCAGCUGAAGCGCUCACUAAAUGCUCUGCGGCACAAAUUUGGUUUUUGUUGAAAAUCACAUGACUUGUGGGUCUAUAGAGGACGAGAUGCUGCUGCUGUAUUUCAAAAGCUGUCUUACUUCUAAGACUGGGCUUCAUUUACAGAGAGGCAGGGAUCUCCGAACUGGGUUAAGUAGGACGAGUUCAGCCUACAGCAUCAGAGGUGAAAGCCGAUGUUUGAUUUUGCUCAAUAAACAAAACUGCUUCUCUAAUUUUAGCAUAAUUAUUUAUUGUUAUGAUUGUAUAUAUGUUGAAAUAAUAAAUUUAAUUACCAGGUGUCUAUAUUUUUGGAGUAUAGAUGGAGAAGAUCAGCGUAAUCAGGGUUUUCAAAUCUGAAUGAUGUUGGGUCAGGUUGCCAAAGUUAAUGCUUGUUAAAUCGGCUUCUGUGUUUUGAGGAUAAACUCCCUGAUCUUGUUUUAGUGUCUGUGUAUUCCACAAAUUUCACAUCUCAGCUGGAAUUAAAUCAGGGGGUUGCUGUUAAGAUGUCCGCUUUACAUAGAAAUGUAAUAGUUUUUUGAGAAAAAUAAAACUUGCCAUGUAUUUGAA